ACAGAUGUACAAAAUCCCAGAUCCUAAAUGCAAAGUGUCCUCAAAUGGCUUCCUUAAAAUCCUGAUAUAAACCACGCAACUCACCCCCCACAACAUCACAUCUAACACACACAGAACAGCAAACAAAACACAAAAGAAAGACAAACGGAAAUGCUCAAUUUUCACUUCGCGGGUUUGGCCGUCCUUUUCAUCACCGGAGUUGUAUUCUCCGGUGAGAUUGGCGGGGUUGUUGGGCAGUUAUGCGGAGCUGACAUUGGAGGACUUGUAACACAAUGUGCAGCCUAUGUGCAAAAGGGCACGCCCAUGACGGAUCCAUCCGAGGCAUGCUGCGAGUUGAUUAGGCAAGUGGACAUUCCAUGCGCAUGUAAGCACGUGACCAAGGAGGUGGAACAGAUGGUUGACAUGAAUAAGGUUGUUCAUGUCGUUUCCUACUGCGGUAAACCUGUUCCCAAGGGAAUGAAGUGUGGAAGUUAUACAGUUCCUCCUGUUAGUGGUUGAAGCGAUCGAUAUGUGCUUGUGGUUGUAGACAAAGUGCCAUCCAAUGGAAGAACUAAAAAAAGACUCAGUCAUAUGAUGUAAUGAUAUAUUUGAAACAAUUAAUAUGUACUUUAUCGUUUAUGUGAACUCAUUCGAAGGGUCCAAUAUACGGUAAUUUUUCUUUAUUUAUUUUUUAUUUUGUUAUGAAUUGUUGAUUAGGGAUUGUUCAGCCACUUAGUAUUACGGUGUAGUGAUAUUUCUUUUCAUUUAUAAGUGAGAGGUCUUAUAUUUGAUUAUCGCUAAAGGUGAAUUUGAACCUCAUUAUUGUUAACUCAUUAUGAGUCUUAACAUACCCCUUUCUCCUUAGUGU